ACUCAUCCUCUCCUUCCCCACUCCAACAUGGAGCCCAUAGCCGUCUUCCCCAGCCAAGACAAGCUGCACACCCUCUCCACAGACGCCACACAGAAAGCAGCAAACGACCUGGACGAAACCGACGAGACAAAACCCUCAUCUCUCACCAAGCUGCGACAACUCCUAGACACCAGCCUCUCAACACCAGACACCAAAGCCUCCCUCCACCUCCCAGACCCUGACAUUCUGACGUCAGACAUUUUUCUCACUAAAUUUCUUCGCGCACGGAAUUUCGACGCCGAGCAGGCCCACCGCCUCAUCCUCAAUUACUACACCUUCCAAGCAAACCAUCCCUUCCUAUUUACGGAUCAUAAUGCGGUGACGUUAAGUCCCGUGUUUGAUGCGGGAAUAUUUGCUGUUUUGCCCAAUAGAGACAGACAGGGACGCGUUGUGGUUCUCUUCUUUCCUGGACGACAUCGAUUGUGUGAGAUUCCGUUUGAUCACAUGCUGCGGGCUUGUGUGUAUGUCUUGGAGCGGGCGGUGAGGAGUGCGGAGACGCAAGUGAACGGGAUUGUGUUGUUGGAGGAUUUCGAUGGGUUCACGUUGAAGCAGGCGCUUGGAUUGAAGGCGAGGGAUUUGAAGAAUUUGGUGACUCUAGCGCAGGAUUGCUUUCCAGUCCGACUGACAGCAAUUCACAUGGUCAAACAGCCAAAAUUCAUAACACUCAUCAUGUCAAUCAUUCGACCCUUUCUAGCCGCAGACGUCAGACGGAAGAUUAUCAUGCAUGGAACCGACUUUAGAAGUCUUCAUCACGAGUUUGAACCAAGCACUUUGCCGUUUGAAUUUGGAGGCACGACUGGACCAGUCGAUAUACAAAGUAGCAAGCAAAUGUUGCUGGAUGAGCAGUGA